GCGGCAGGACUGCGCUGACUAGGUUAUACGCGUUCGCGCUAUUUCGUGUGUCGAGUGUGGUUUCGUGCGUGCAGCUGUGUAUGUACCGCCCUGCUCCAAAGGACCGCAUCAUCGCGAUCAACGUGCACGAGACAAUCGUCUAUCGCAGCAGGCCAGGAUGCAGGAAUCUCAGCCGAAGAAGGGCAAAAAAGUCAGGAGAAAGCACAAUGAUAGCGACGAGGACAUUGAAAAGGUUUUGGCAGAGUUGGCCCUGGAGUAUUCUGGAGAGAAAUCAGUCAAAGACAAAAUUGAAAGCAAACCUGAACCCAAUGAGCAAACGGUUGACGACGAGGAUAAGAAGAAAAAAGGGAAGAAGGAUAAGAAGAAGGAAAAGGUUGAAAAGAAUGAUAUUAAGGACGAAGAUGCAGUAGCCCCAGAGACAAAUAAUACUGACAUGGAUGUGGAAGUUAGCACUGUAAAAACAGCAGCACAGAAGAAGAAGGAAAAGAAAGAAAGAGAGAAGCAGAAGAAAUUGGCUCAGAAAAAAGCGGAAAUUUCUAAGGAAUCUAAGAAGGGGGAGGAUGAUGAAAUAACAAAAACUGAUGAGAAGAAGAAUGAUAAACCUGUAUCUGAAAAGAAACAAGAUAGUAUGGAAGUCGACGUUGAUGCUAUUGAACCUGAAGAUAGCAAGAAGAAAAAGAAAAAAGGUGCUAAGGAGGAAGCUAAAGAAAAAGGUAAAGGUCCUGGAAAGAAAACUAUUGCUGCAAUGCAGGAAGCUUUGAGGAAGUUGAAGGAGGAGGAAGAAAGAUUAAAACGUGAAGAGGAAGAGAGAAUGCGGCAAGAGGAAUUACGGGAACAGGCGCGACUCGAACAAUUACGACUUGAACAGGAACGCAAGGAGAGGAAAAAAUUAAAGGAAAAGCAGCGAAAAGAGAGGUUGAAGGCAGAGGGAAAAUUCUUAACAACGAAGCAGAAACAAGACAGAGCUAGGGCGCAGGCGAUGAUCGAAGCGCUUAAAGCUCAAGGUCUCGAUUUACCGGAUGUGGGGGAGAAGAAACCUAGACCAGGAACACGAAUUAGACCGAAUAAGUUAAAACAACAAGUUAGUGUGGAGAAGAAGGAAGACGAAAAGCUUGAAAAUAAUGAAACACCUGCGGAUCAAGUGCAAGUGGAAAUUGUAGACCAAUCAACGGAGGUGAAAGAAGUAAAAGAAAAGAAGGAAGAAGAUGAUGUUAAGGAUUCGUGGGAUGCCGACAGUACUGAGGACGAGCAAGAAGAAGAUAAAUCAGACGACGUUGCAAAGACUCCUGAGAAAGAGAAAGAACAGCCAGUCGAAAAAAUUCCUGCCAAAACCGAGUCAGAGAAGAAAGAGUCCUCAGAAAGCGAGACUGAGAGCGAAAGUGGCAGCGAAUCUGAGUCGGAGGGAGAUGAGAGCGACGAGGACAGCGAAGUGGAAGAUAAAGUGCCAGAUGCCGCGUGUAAGAAAGAACGCGCACGAGAGCGUAUCCAGAAUCGUCGUAUCGAAGCUGAGAAGAAGAAGACACUGGAUAAUCUAAGAGCGGCCGUGGUCUGUGUAUUGGGUCAUGUAGAUACUGGCAAGACUAAGAUCCUGGACAAGUUAAGGAGAACGAAUGUGCAAGAUGGUGAAGCAGGUGGUAUAACUCAACAGAUCGGUGCUACUAAUGUGCCAAUUGAAGCUAUCCAAGAAUCAACGAAACAUGUGAAAGGCUUUGCCGACAAGAAAUUUAAAAUCCCUGGUCUCUUGAUCAUAGACACGCCUGGUCACGAGUCAUUCAGCAAUCUCAGAAGCAGAGGAUCCUCUCUUUGUGAUAUAGCAAUCUUAGUUGUAGAUAUUAUGCAUGGGAUAGAACCGCAAACGUUAGAGAGUAUCAAUUUGUUGAAAGCGAAGAAAUGUCCUUUUGUUGUCGCUCUCAAUAAAAUCGACAGGUUAUACGAUUGGCAGACUAUGAAUCGUAAGGAUGUUCAGGAUAUAGUGAAAAAUCAAGCAUCUAAUACUCAGCGAGAAUUCGAAAAGCGAUCGAAGGAUAUCAUUGUACAAUUUGCGGAGCAAGGUUUGAAUGCAGCGUUGUUUUACGAAAAUCCAGAUCCUAGGAGUUAUGUGUCAUUAGUCCCAACCAGUGCUAUAACAGGCGAAGGUAUGGGCAACUUGUUGGCCUUAAUAGUCGACGCUUGUCAAGGUCCUCUGGCCAGGAGACUGAUGUAUAGUGAGGAGCUUCAAGCUACUGUAUUGGAAGUCAAAGCAUUGCCGGGACUUGGUACUACGAUAGACUGUAUUCUAGUCAAUGGCAUGCUAAGGGAGGGCGAUACGGUCAUUAUCGCUGGCACGGACGGGCCUAUUGUAACGCAAAUUCGUUCACUUCUUAUGCCGCAGCCGUUAAAGGAAUUAAGAGUUAAGAAUGCAUACAUCGAGCAUCGCGAAGUUAAGGCUGCUCAGGGAGUGAAAAUCGCGGCAAAGGAUCUAGAGAAAGCCAUCGCCGGCUUAAAUCUGCAAGUUGCACAAAAACCAGACGAGGUGGACGUGUUGAAAGAAGAGAUUGCAAAGGAGCUGUCCAGUGCUCUCGGAAACAUACGACUAGCCGAACGAGGAGUUUACGUCCAGGCGUCUACCCUGGGAGCCCUCGAAGCGUUGUUGGAUUUCUUGAAAAGCAGCAAAAUACCGUACGCUGGAAUUCGCAUCGGGCCGGUCGUCAAGAAGGACGUCAUGAAGGCUUCCAUCAUGCUGGAACACGACAGCCAGUACGCCACGAUUCUCGCGUUCGACGUGAAGAUAGAGAGGGACGCGCAGGAAUUGGCGGACUCGCUGGGUGUCAAGAUCUUCCAAGCGGACAUUAUUUACCACCUGUUCGACAAGUUCACCGCCUACAGGGAGGAAUUGAAGCAGCGCAAGCGGGAUGAGCACAAGCACAUCGCCGUGUUUCCGUGCAAGCUGAAAAUCCUGCCGCAGUAUGUGUUCAACUCGAGGGACCCGAUCGUGAUCGGCGUGAUGGUCGAGGCUGGCAUCGUCAAGGAAGGAACGCCGCUCUGCGUCCCGAGCAAGGACUUCGUCGACUUGGGUAUGGUGACUAGUAUAGAGUACAACCAUAAGCCCGUGGAAUCGGCCAGGAAAGGUCAAGAGGUUUGCAUCAAAAUCGAGCCCACACCAGGGGAAACGCCCAAGAUGUUCGGUCGCCACUUCGAAGCGAAGGACUUUCUCAUCAGCAAAAUAAGCAGACAGAGCAUAGACGCUUGCAAAGACUACUUCAGAGAUGACCUGCUGAAGACCGACUGGCAACUCAUGGUGGAACUCAAGAAGCUCUUCCAGAUACUCUAGGACACGCUGAGGUUAGCGACGACAUUAUCCAAGGACCUCCCAUCGUGCCGGCGACGACAGCUCGGCGAGAAGACCGGCCGCUCGGCGAAGCUUCGACAUCCUCGCGAGGUACUCGAGACUAUCGGACGAACGUCUCCUCGAGUCAUCCCGAUCGACACCACGACGUUGUUGUGCCGCAUCGCGCGUUUCAGGACGCCGCAUGCUUGAACCACUUAUCCCAUCCUUCUGCUUGCUGAUCGCGAAUCUUCUGCACUUCUCCCGUCCUCUUUCUUCGCUACUUGACAUCCUCGUUGAACCCCGAAGAGCAUGCUACGCAGAGGAACAAGAGGAAGCCGCGUCCUUGAAACCGCCACGCGCUUUACUUGCCUGGACUUUGAGCGAAAUCGUCGGGCCACGCAAUUGCACUCGGGAUAUUCAUGGAAUACCACGUGACUGUUACUCGCGAAUCUUGCUGGCGAGGACGGUGAGGAACUUCUUGGAAGUGUGCGAUCGCGCGAGAAGAAGAGGAAAGAAAAGUCCCUCCGGAUAGGAACGUCGCGGGUGGCGACGACGUUGUAGAUACGCUCGAAAAGGAGAUGGAGACGACAGAAAGAUAAAGAGAAAGAGAGAGAAAAAGAGUUGGAGGUGAGAGAAAGAAAGAGAAGAAAGGAAGAAAAAGUAAAAAAAAUAGAAAGAAGAAGAGACGUAGUGCUGACAAACGAGAGAAUUGCGCGAGAACCUCGUGUGUUUUGUAUAUGUAAUCCCUUUAUAUAAGAUGAGCAAAGCAUUGCGGUCGUAAAUAAAGACUACUGCGCGUUUUCGCACAAAAAAGA